AUGUCAUCCUGGGUGCUCGAUGCCAUCGCCCUCCUUCCAAAGCAAUGGCAAGACUGGUUUCUCCCACCCUCAGCAAUUCCGACCGUCGUCAACGACCCCUCCAAGGUCCAGUUAAGUCGCAUCAUUCAUGUUUAUUUUGAGCAUAGCGACCUGGAGGCCUUUGAUAGAUUCGCGCACGAUUUUGGAUUCGUGAAAGCUGGUCAGGAAGGGAAUACGAUAUAUUACCGCGGAUAUGGGAAAGACCCAUAUAUUUAUGUCGCUUCACAGAGCCCAAACCGUCAAUCCCGGUUUAUGGGUGCCGCAUUUUUGGCUAAAGAUGAGGCAAAUUUCCAGAAGGCCGCAUCUAUGACAGGGGCCACCGUCAAAAGCCUCGAUGGAGCCCCGGGAGGCGGCAAAAUGGUCACCUUUGCCCGGCCCAACGGCAGCUUCUUCCAUGUCGUCUACGGCCAGACCGAACGAAAAAUAGAGGUGGAGCAACUUCCAUCGGCGACUCAUGACUUCCAUGGUCCCUUCAAUAUGCCUUUUGAGAAACCUCGGAAAGGCCAAUUUCAGCGGUAUCAUAAUGGGCCUGCUUUGGUUCACAAGUUGGGCCAUUACGGAUAUGUGUGCAAGGAGUUCGAGACGGAACUGGACUUCUACACCUCAAACUUCAAUUUCGUUCAUUCAGACAUAUUGAACCUCCCAAAAUUUCCUCAUAUUGACGUUUUGACCUUUAUGCACCUGGACCUGGGCCCGGACUAUACUGAUCAUCACACCUUGUUCCUCCAGCGCGCACCGCCGACUGUCCGCAAAACAUACAUCCAUCAUAGUUCCUUCGAAGUUGCUGAUUUUGACACCCAAUUGAUGGGUCAUCAGUACCUUGCAAAGAAAGGGUGGAAGUCUGUCUGGGGAGUUGGGCGGCACAUACUUGGAAGUCAAAUUUUUGAUUAUUGGUAUGACAGCAGUAUGUUCAAAAUCGAACAUUAUGCGGACGGCGAUGUGGUGAAUGAAGAGAACCAUACGCGCAGAGAAUUUGUCGGACCGAUAUCUGUCUGGGGUCCUGAACUGCCGAGCGAUUUUGGGGAGAACAAGGCGAGAUAG